AUGUUCGCGUCGUUGCUAUUACUGGUGCUAUCAUUUCAUUUCGUAGGAGGAAGCGCCUUUGAACCCACACUAAAUUGUAGUCAAUACUCCGAUGACCGUCAUGUGCUGAAUUCGCUUCCAUUUAAGGUUACCAUAUUGGAUAAUUCUUCUUCAUGUCAGCAAAAUUCUGCCUGUGCCCGUCUCAAUGCACAAAACCAAGUGUAUGACUUGGCACUCCACCUUGUUCCAACAGCAUUACAAGUCUAUUGCCUCACUCAUUUACAGUCCCUUUAUAUUUUCGGUUAUAUAACAUCGGGUUAUUCAUGGCCUAUUCCUUAUGAAAUCGGCAAACUUACCAAUUUAACGUAUCUUUCAUUAUCGUAUGUUGACGGUAAAGACAUUCCGGAGACAAUUGGUGAACUAAAAUUGUUACGCACUCUGUAUUUACUUGCGACCGAAAUUACAUACAUAACAGGAGCUCUAGCUGCUUUGCCUAAUUUAACAGACCUGACUCUCCACGCACCUUUAGUUGAGCUGCCGUCCUUUCUGAGCAUUCUUCCUUUGAAUCAUUUGGGCCUCCUCAAUGGGAGAUUUACUACAAUACCGGAAGAUUUCUUUCGAAAUUUAAAUCCGACUUUGUCAUCUUUAACAAUUGAUAUUUCAAAUUCAGUCAACUUAGAUCCGUUUGCAGACUUAACGAACUUAACCACUCUUGGUAUCAAUGUUGACGGUAUGUCGGUUCUACCUUGGCAAUUCACCUACAUGACAAACCUGAAAGACUUGAGAUUUCAAGGAUCGAACUGUCUGUCGGCUUUUCCACGAAAUUUUACCAGAGGUGUCACCUACCUCGAUCUCAGCAAAAAUUGCUUCGCUCAAGUCCCCGCACCACUCCUACUGAGCGAAACUUUGGCUAAUAUAGACAUGUCCUACAACCAACUUACAGAUUUGUCGACACUUGCCUUGUCACGAUCGCCUUUGAGUGUAGUAUUUCUUCCAUUUAAUCAAAUUCAGUACAUUCCUCCUGAAAUUAUCAAUCUUAGCGAAUCACUUAGCUAUCUUGCUUUACAUGGCAAUCAGCUGACGACUUUGCCAGCAGAGCAAAUAGUGAAAAUGAAGAAAUUGACUGGUCUGGAUGUCCAAUAUAACAAUAUCAAUGAUACGGAAAAAGCGCGUUUGAAAUCGAUUUUUGCCGCAAAUCCUAAACUGGCAGUUUAUUUUUGA